AUGAUUGGGCUUCCAGACGACAACAAGAAGAGAAGCAAGAAGUAUGGCAUUGGAGCCAUUGCCGCUGUUUUAGUGGUUGCUCUUUUGUUCUGUACCAAUCUCUUCUCUUAUAUUAGAAUCGCAAUUACCUCCUCGGAGUCUGAUGUCUGUCCAAUUAUUGAUAUUUACAGACCAAAGCUGUUCUACAAGGACAAUUCCACGGUCCAUGAUAUUAUCUUUGGUAAGAAGUUCAGAAAGGAGUCUGCCGAGAAGAUGACCAAGGCUGUUCAGGUGGACACUCAGAUCUAUGACGAUCCUCCAGCCGUGGACGACGAUCCUGAGUACUGGAAGAAGUUCAUCAAGUUCCAUGAGUACUUGGAAGAAACUUUCCCUACUGUUUACGAGAACUUGGAAGUCACCAAGGUCAACACCUAUGGUCUUGUCUUCUACUGGAAGGGUACUAACCCAGACCUUAAGCCAUUGAUGUUGGCUGCUCACCAGGACGUUGUUCCAGUGCAAGAAGAUACCGUGGGUGACUGGACUUACCCACCUUUCUCGGGCCACUUUGACGGUGAAAACUUGUACGGUCGUGGUUCGGUCGAUUGCAAGAACGUGCUUGUUUCGAUCAUGGAAACCUUUGAGCUUUUGUUGAGCAAGAACUUCACUCCAGAAAGAGGUGUUAUUGCUGCAUUCGGAAUGGACGAGGAAGUUUCUGGCUGGCACGGUGCUGAAUCCAUCGCUCACUACUUGGAGAAGAGAUUCGGCAAGAACUCUAUUUACGGUAUCAUUGACGAGGGCGCUGGUAUUGCCACAAGCCCCUUUACUGGAGGUCUCGUUGCCAUGAUUGGUACAGGUGAAAAGGGUUACGUCGAUGUUGAUGUUUUCCUCACCACUCCUGGUGGUCACUCUUCCAUGCCACCUGACUACACUUCAAUUGGUAUUGUUUCCGAAUUGGCUUAUGCAAUUGAACAGGACCCUUUCAAACCGCUCCUUUCGGAGAAGAACCCAACUUUGGGUCUCUUGCAAUGCUCCGCUGCCCAUGACCACCAAGGAAACUUGCCAAAGUUGCUCAAGAAGCUGAUUUUGCGUGCUGGAUACGACAAGGUCGCUAACUCCAUUGUAGUGAAGGCAUUGGCUAAGCAUAUUGCAUCUCGUUACUUGAUCCAAACCUCGCAAGCAAUGGACAUUAUCAAGGGUGGUGAGAAGAAUAAUGCUUUGCCCGAAUCUGUCAGAUUGCUUGUUAACCACAGAGUCGCUAUUGAGACUGAAAUCGAUGAGGUUCUCAAGCAGUUUACUGACAGAGUCAUUCGUGUUGCUAAGAAACACGAUAUCGGCCUUAUCGCAUUUGGUGAAGAAUUACUUGAGCCUACAGCCAAGGGACUGUUCGUUUUGAAGGUGUCCGGAAAGAUCACAAACACUGCUCCUGUCACCCCUAAGGAGGAUACGCUUUGGAACUUUAUUGGUGGUGUUACCAGGCAUAUCUUUGAAGACUAUGUCUUCACUGAUUUGAAGGACCCAAUCGUGGUUGCUCCAAGUAUUAUGACCGGUAAUACCGACACAAGACAUUACUGGAACUUGACUGACCACAUCUACAGGUACAGUCCUAUGCACUAUGAAGACCCCAUCAAGGACACUAAGAUUCACAGUGUUGAUGAGCACCUCUUGUACGACAACCACUUGCACAUGAUUGCCUUCUUCUACGAGUUCAUUCAGCUGAUCCAGGAGCACAAUAGUGAUGCCUAA